GGAAGCAAAGAAACAAAGAGGAGAUUGCUCCUGAUCAGUAUAGACUGAUCCAAAGAUCUCAUGAAUUUAUAUAUCUACUUCACGGUGUAUUGCCAAGAGAAGCAAGAGGAGAGGAAGGAAUUACCUUGGAUCAUUACAGGUGUUGAUCCCAAGAGCAUUCCCUAGUAAAAACCCUUCAUGCUGAACUCUGUCUCUGGGUCUGCUUCCCGGGAAGCCAACCUGCAACAGUUGGUAUAAGAAGUGGUUCAAGAAAGCAAACACUGUGAUGAAAUUUUGGACAUGAAUUACCUGCUACUCUGAUGUCAAUGAAGACUCCAUCAUUGGUGGGUUGCAGAGGAAAUAUUGGACAUUCAUGUCUGGUGGUGAGCGAAGGUGAAGGGAAAGACAGUUGGACUGGGACUAGAGAAGAUAAAACAUUAUUCCUCAAAGAGGAAGAAAAGGCCAAUGGACACAGGAGCAGGUACACCCUCUCCCUGUAAACCAAAGAAAGGAAAAUUCCAACCACAACGAGAAGGCACUUCUUGUCUCCGGGGCUGGCAAAGAGGAAAAUGAGUGGCAGGACCUGAUGCGUCAGGGAAGGAAGGGGAGAACUGGCUCCUGCGGCAUGCUGAUGGGAGUGGUAAUUGGGGCCCUGAUCUCACGGGUGACGUGGCCCUCACGUGAGCUGGAGCCGACGAGUGCAGACGUCCUUCUAAUCCUAGUCUUCAUUUGGUCCGGUUGCCUUCUCUCUAUUUCACAGAGGGCCAGAGGAUCCUUGGCCUGGGGGAAGGAGGAGGAGGUAACUGCCUGGAUCCAAGCAGGGCACUGUGCCAUUUGGAACAAAGGAAUAGUCUGCCCCGAAUCUGCAGGAAGAGGAUGUAACAGUGCCUACAGGAAAAGUGCUUGUCAUUGCGGGUAGGGUGCUUUGGGGAAAGGGAUAGAAGAGAUCAGUUGGUUUUGUUUGGCUCCUCGGAUUUUCCGAAUCCCCCCUCGCCCCGCCCUGCUUCCAGUGGUUUGAAAGGGAUCUUGAGCCCGGAAGCCAGUCCUACCCCUGGAACAGGAAGAAACGCAAAGUUGUCCAGAACCAAGUAGGUCCUAAAGAGGGUGGUGGUAUUAUUUGGGGGUGGAGCAUGGUGGCCACUGCAACUCGAGUGGGCCCGUGGACCCCCUCCACAUUUCCCUCCUUCCCUCUUAUCUACACCAUUUUGUUGGAGCUUGCAAAAGAAACUACUCUGCAAGUACAAGACAGGGAAGAAAAUAGUUGGGAAGGGGUGGGGAGCUCCCCACGUCAAGAGACACUUGGGGUGGGGAGCAUGUUACUCCAAAUUACUGUUUGGGUUACAGUGUCCUUGGUGUUGGUCCGUCGACCAAGCACUCACUUCUGAAGUUUGUCAGUCUUGAAGGUUUAGUGGAAGCGGAAACCGAGAUGAGGGAGGAAAGAAGUUGCUCCCGAGCAAAGUAGUUGGUAUAAUGACGCAGGGGUGGGGGGGUCCUGGUGCCUUUGAGUUGGAGGAGUUGGUGGAGGCAAGUGCAGAGUUCAAAACCUUUACGCAUUUCACGCCAGUCCGGCUUUUAGCUAUUCUCACUUCAUCAUUAUUCAUUUUGUUACAAAGAAGAGGGUUUGGCGACAUCUUCGGAGGAUGCCAAUGAUGGGGGUGGGGGUGGAGGUGGAGUGGAGGGUUAGAGGAAUCAUCGAAGGCGGAAGAGGGAGGAAGAUAAUGAAUUUCAAAGCCGCAGCUGUGUGAGAAGAGGAGGGUAACCGAAGGCGGGAAACACUGGGCAAGGCAGAUAAAAGGGCUAGGAAUUCAGAAGAGGGAUGUGUGUCUCAGGUGAGAUCUGUUUGUCCCCGAGUUCUCAGCACUCCUCUUCCCGCCCCCUUGUCUGCAGGUUUGCACGAAGCAGUGCACUUGGAAGCAAGACAGAAGGAAAAAACUGCCUGGAUCUCUGUGGGUGCAUGUGAGGGCGCCCCUGUCCCCAGGACAUCUGGAAGGGCAGGGGUGAUAGGGAACUUUGAUGUUCUGGGGUGGGGUGGUGGAACGUGAGGUUGGAGAGUCUGGAAGUGGGGAAAAUUUCCAAACUUGGCUUCCAGAUGGGAGAAAGGAAUCAGUGAUCUAGACAUCAAGCCCUAAGUCUCUCUACCAAUAUCUCUGUAUUUUUGUACACUUGUUUGUUUUGCAGUCUGCUUGCAAAGAUACAAAAGGAGGAGGAGCCUGAAACCUGAAAUGCAUCCUUUAUUCCUAGGUCCAAGCUGCCUCGGAGCCAGCCGGAUAGUAGCUGCAGACUCCACCCGCGACGUCGCGCGCUUCUCUGGGCCAGAGCAAGCCUGUUUUGUGCUCUGGUUAAGAGAUUUCUCCCGGCCAUACCAUGGGCCGCACUCGGGAAGCUGGCUGCGUGGCUGCUGGUGUGGUUAUCGGGGCUGGUGCCUGCUACUGUGUAUACAAAUUGACUUGGGGAAGAGAUGAGAACGAGAAAAUCUUAGAUGAAGACGAGGAGUCUAUGGACACUUCAGAGACUGGGGUUGAGACUGUGAAAGGAGCUAAAGCUAACGUUGGGGCAGGGUCUGGGGCCAAACUUCACGGUGACUCUAAGGUCAAGCCUGAGGUGAGUUUGGGACUCGAGAAUUGUCCAGGUGUAAAAGAGAAGGUCCACUCAGGAUCCCACAGCGGAGGUGGCCUAGAGGCCAAAGCCAAGGCCCUUUUCAACAUGCUGAAGGAGCAGGCAAGUACAAAGGCAGGCAAAGGGGUCAGGAUGGGUAUCAUCUCUGGAAACAGGACCCUUGCACCAAGUUUACCAUGCCCAGGAGGCAGGGGUGGAGGCUGCCAUCCCACCAGGAGUGGAUCUAGGGCUGGGGGCAAGGCAAAUGGAAAAUCUAAGGGAAAGGCCCGAAGUAAGAGCACCAGGGCUCCAGCUACAACAUGGCCUGUCCGCAGGGGCAAGUUCAACUUUCCUUAUAAAAUUGAUGAUAUUCUGAGUGCUCCCGACCUUCAAAAGGUCCUCAACAUACUGGAGCGAACAAAUGAUCCUUUUAUUCAAGAAGUAGCCUUGGUCACUCUGGGCAACAAUGCAGCAUAUUCAUUUAACCAGAAUGCCAUACGUGAAUUGGGUGGUGUCCCAAUUAUUGCAAAACUGAUAAAAACGAAAGACCCCAUAAUUAGAGAAAAGACUUACAAUGCCCUUAAUAAUUUGAGUGUGAAUGCUGAAAAUCAGGGCAAGAUUAAGACGUACAUCAGUCAAGUGUGUGAUGACACCAUGGUCUGUCGCUUGGACUCAGCUGUGCAGAUGGCUGGGCUAAGACUAUUAACCAACAUGACUGUGACUAAUCAUUACCAACAUUUGCUUUCCUAUUCUUUUCCAGACUUUUUUGCUUUGCUAUUCCUGGGAAAUCACUUCACUAAGAUACAGAUUAUGAAACUAAUUAUAAACUUUACAGAAAAUCCAGCCAUGACAAGAGAGCUGGUCAGUUGUAAAGUACCAUCAGAAUUGAUUUCCCUCUUUAAUAAAGAAUGGGAUAGAGAGAUUCUUCUUAAUAUCCUUACUCUAUUUGAGAAUAUAAAUGACAACAUCAAAAGUGAAGGGCUUGCAUCAUCCAGGAAAGAAUUCAGCAGAAGUUCACUUUUUUUCUUAUUUAAGGAGUCUGGAGUUUGUGUUAAGAAAAUCAAAGCAUUAGCAAAUCACAAUGAUCUGGUGGUGAAAGUAAAAGUCCUGAAAGUAUUAACAAAACUCUAAUUUGGAAUGUGUCCCAAACAGUAUUGAGGUAUUUGCACUUGGGAUGAUGUGUUUUGUAAAUUCUUUGUUUUUCACUGUGCUUAUAUGGUAAAGAGAUCUUUAAAGCUGCUAUUUUGGAAUAAUGAAUAUCAUAUAUCAUCAAUAGUGACUGAUAUUGGUUGUGAUGGUUGGGUUUAGGCUGGGCCAUUUUAAGGAUGCCAAAUGGAAUAUUAGUACUUGUACACAGAAAGAAUUUGUUGAUUUGAUCUUGUUACCUAGAUUAUUUUUAAUCUUUCCGCUACCUAAACUGACAGUGAAUGAGUUAUACAUCAUGAAUAAGCUACACUUUUAUAUUAGUUUAUAUUUUUUAAUCUAAGACUUGUGUUUCAUCAAUAAAGUUGUGUUUUAAGCAGCAGA